AUGUCAGAAAACAAAUUCAGAGUUGGUCUUUUCGACUGCUUCGCCGAUAUGAAGCAAUGCUUAAUCGGGUGCUGCAUCCCCGGUUUAAGCUACUCGCAAACCGAUUACCGUCUCUCCACAAACCCUUCUACGCUCGAAGGCCAUGAGUUGAUGAACGCUACCUCAGUUGGGGCUUGUGGUCUCUUUUACUUUUGCGGUUGCGUAGGAUUUGUUCUUCCAUAUCUUCAUCGACAGAAAAUUCGAGAGAGGUACAACAUUGCGGGUAAUAACCUAAGUGAUUGUUGCACAGCCUACUGGUGCGCCGGAUGCUCUUUGAUUCAAAAUGAGAAAGAGGUUAUCUUGAGAGAGAGCGAAGCAUCAGGUAAUGUCACUGAGCAGCCAAAGGCUCCGGAAGCGAUGACAUAUCCUGCUAAAUGAGCGUGCUUAUGAUUCGUGUUAACUUAAUACUUUGUAUGAUUUUGGAUUUCUUAGGUCAGGGGAGACGUUUUUAAUGGGAAUAUAAUUACCUUUCUGAA